AUGGCUGAUGAGGUUAAGGAUGCUGAUGCCCGGACUAGUAGUUCCAGUGGAGUGGAAAUGAGUAAGGAGGAUACUGAAGAUACUGCUGGUAAAUCCGCAGGAAACUUUCCUGCGAAUUUUGCUGCAGAUAUCAAUUCUAUUACAGAAUCCGCAGUAUACAACUUUCUCACUUUUUGUAUUCUUGUUUUUUUAUCUGUUUCCCUCUUUGCAAAAAACACUAAGUGCAGAUAUGAGAGCUUGCGCUUAAAUAGGCUUAAUGGUAUAGCUAAGGUUCUUGGAGUACUUGCUUCUGCUGGAGGAGCUUCAAUCAUUACCCUAUACAAAGGACCAACAAUUUAUGCUCCAGAAUCACCUUUAGCAGUACAUCAGGGACAAUUCUUGUCUCUAUUUGAGGACUUCAAUGGGAAAAACAUGAACUUGGGUGGCAUUUUUCUCUUUGGUCACUGUUUGAGUUGGUCUGGUUGGAUUUUGAUGCAUGCAUUUGUUCUGAAAAAAAUUCCAGCACAACUCACUGUUUCUGCUUUUACUUGCUUAUUUGGUAUUGUGCAGUUUGGGACGAUUGCAACAUUUCUUGAGAAGGAUCCCAAAGCUUGGCAGCUCAAUUCCUUUGAAGAGGCCUAUUGUAUUUUGUACUCGGGAGUGGUGAUUUCAGGAGUGGCAGCAACAAUACAAAUAUGGACUAUUAGAAAAGGAGGGCCAGUGCUUGCUUCAAUUUAUCUUCCCUUACAGACAUUCCUGGUAGCUUUUUCUAAUAUUUUUCAAUUACUGCAGGGACAUGUUAACCAUUUGCUUAAACUUGAUGGUGCAAAGGAUAGGUUGCAACUCUUCAAGGCUGAUUUAGUAGAAGAAUGUUCUUUUGACUCUAUUAUUCACGACUGUCACGGGUCUUUCAUAUUGUUUCACUGGCUCGUUUUGUUGUUGACAACCCUCAUCUUUUGUUGAAGUUAUUGGUAUUGUUAGCAGUGACAAGUCCAUCCAAGCUGAGUUAUGGACCAACUUUGGCGAUGAAAUUGAUAUGUUCAGCUACCAUAAGCUCUGUCAGCUUGCAAAUGGAGAAUUCAAACACUUGUUCCUGUGACUUGAGUUACAACAACCUUAUCUCACUAUCAGAUGCGAAUGGAGGAUUUAAACAAAGUUAUUUCUCACCAGAGAGACAAUGACAUCUUCAGUAAUUGAAAAUGGACACGAUGAGGCUAAACACGAACCGUCCGAUUUGAUCGCUGAGAAAAUGAAUCAUGCGGUUGUGAAUCUUUUGCUUCCGAAUGAAACGUUCUUGAAAGCUGCGAUUUCUCUGAAAGACGAGGUGGUGGAGGUAAAUUGGAAUCGGCGGGAAGUGGUUGAUCCGACGGUGUAUACCGGUUUGCUUGGUACGGCUUUUACUUGCUUGAGGUCGUUUGAGGUUACCGGUUGCCGUGAGGAUUUGUUGUUAUGCUCGGAGAUUAUUGACAUGCGUGUCACUGUCGCACGUGCCUCCCUCAGACACGUGACAUUUUUGUGUGGUAGAGGAGGAGUAUGUGCCCUUGGAGCUGUCGUUGCUAAUUACAUGGAGGAAGAUCAUAUGGCUUUUGUGUUAGACUACUUGUUUUAGUGGUAACCAUAAGCUCUG